UUGUGAUUCUCAGGUGAAAUCGUCUGCAAACAAAUGAAUUCAAACUGCCCUUAAAGAACAAAGAAGAGGGGGCAACUGGUCAUUGUAGCAAACGCACAAAACUCUGGAUUCCAGCAAACUUUUCUGUCGCGUUAAAAGGGGCUCUUUUCAUUGCUUGGUUUACCUCUGGUCAGGCUAAGUCUUUUCUUUCCCUUUUUAAUCCGUCUCUUUAUUUAAGAAAAACACAAAACCAGGUUCCACGCAGUGCUUUAGUGGCUAAAAGUGAAAGAGCUGCUUUUUUCAGAGCUCAGCUCCAUGAAUCGCUCUGGAAAAUUGGUUCUCCUGAAUAGGUGGAGGAGGAAAAACGUUUAAUAGGAUCCGAGGGAGGCUCUGCUCUUGCAAUCUGCUCCUUAAACAGGUGGAAAUUGGACCUUCUCAAUUAUACAAAUAGAGGGGAGGACAGAGCGGGUAGUCGGCGGCUGCUCACACCAAGUUCUUCAAGAAUGGCGAGUUCUCUUCCUUUAGAAACAGUGAUGUCCUGCCCGAGACACGAGACCAGGAAUGGAGCCUCCGUUGCCCCAAAGGCGCUGGCCUUCUCUAUUGAAAGAAUUAUGUCAAAGACUUCGGAACCAAAAAGCUCCUUAGACGAACAGCAUGGAGCUGAUCUCUCAGAAGGCAGAAAGAUGGUCAGUUUGUGCUCACCUAUACCUUGCAUGAUCCCUAUUCAGCCUUUAAGCUACGACCUGCAAGCCAAGGCGUUAAUGAACUAUUCCGAAUUUUGGAAAGCUAACUUCAGAGGGACAAUCUGCAGUUCGGCCGCCAUGUGCAAAUCUAACUGUGGUAUGUGCUGCAAAACAGACUCGGGUUUUAUGCAUUCCUUAUUGCCGAGCGCCAGGGUGAUCAAGCCUCAAGUAAUUCAUCAAACACUGGCAAUGCCAGCCAACGGGUCUCUCUAUUAUUUUAACUAUUUGGAUUCUUCGUAUCACCCGUCGGAUCUCCUAAGCGGACAUUUUUUCUCUUCCAGCAUAGUAAAUUCGCCGUCACAAACUUCGCUCACCGCGCAUCAGAAAUUAAUUCUGCUGGAAAACGCCAAACUUGCGAGCUCGGCGGCGGAGAAGUUUCCCACACCGCAAUACCCACACAAAGAACACCUCCCUGGACAACUGGACCAAAUAGUGAAGGAAAAUCACGGCUUGACUUCGGAAAAAAACGGAGUAAAAGCGCACAGUAAACUCAGCAACAAUUCCUCAGAUGGGAAACCUAAAAAUUUCACUUGCGAAGUCUGCGGCAAGGUGUUCAAUGCGCAUUAUAAUUUAACCCGUCACAUGCCGGUGCACACGGGAGCCAGGCCCUUCGUGUGUAAAGUCUGUGGGAAGGGUUUUCGUCAAGCCAGCACGUUGUGUCGACACAAAAUCAUACACACACAGGAAAAACCUCACAAAUGUAAUCAGUGUGGAAAAGCCUUUAACCGAAGUUCUACGUUAAAUACCCACAUACGGAUACAUGCUGGGUAUAAACCUUUCGUUUGCGAGUUUUGUGGGAAAGGUUUUCAUCAGAAAGGAAACUACAAGAACCACAAACUAACUCACAGUGGAGAAAAACAAUACAAGUGUACAAUUUGCAACAAAGCCUUUCACCAGAUUUACAAUCUGACUUUCCACAUGCACACUCACAACGAUAAGAAACCGUUCACUUGUGCAACUUGCGGGAAAGGCUUCUGUAGGAACUUUGAUUUGAAGAAACAUAUGAGAAAACUUCACGACAACAACGGCACUUCUAUAGCUGCAUCGAACGAACACUCAAGAGGGGUUCAAGGCUGAACGUAUCUCUUCUCCUCUGAGGCGGACUGUCCCAGUAGCAGUAUUUGUUGUACAUAUAAGUUUAUUGGGUAAAUAUUAUGAGGAAAUACUUGAAAUGCCACAUUAUCUUUAACACUUUGCAUUUAUGGCACAAUAUUGUAGACGGUUUGACAAUGUAAAAACCGAAAGUUAUUUAAACUGAUUUACCACGAAAACAUUUAUAUGUUUUGUAAUGUAGUACUUGUUCUCAACAAGUAUUGUAAAGUGACCUGUUAAGUAUUUGUAGGCUUUCUUUUUAUAUAAAUUAAAGUUACAUGUACAAUUUGAUGUGUUUGAAAAUCGGCAAUGUUGCCAUUUAUAAAUGCAUUUCAGAAAAUAUUACACAAAAUAUCUUAAACCCUUAAUAAAAUACUAAGUUUAUUUACAGCUUCACAGAGCAUUUGUUGUAAAAUGUUUUUUUUUAAUUAUUAUCCGUUAAUACUAACAUUAAAGACAUUCAUACUA